AUGCCCGCGGCAAUGGAAUGGGAGGCAAUUGCUUCCCGCCACCGAUCGGAGCAACAGCGGAACAUACCUCAGGAAUGGAUAAUCUCUGAUGAUCAGCUAGCUAAGCUUCGAGGCAAGGGAACUGCCGAAGAAGGUCGACUAAUAGCCCAAGAUGUUGCUCGGAAAUCAGCGUUAUUGACGGAAAAGGAACUCGACAUCACAGAGUGCUACAACGCGCGAGAGUUACUCGACAAGAUUCACCACAAGAAACUCACAUCGGAAGAAGUGGCAGUGGCGUUUUGCAAGCGCGCUGCUCUCGCUCAACAGCUUACUUCUUGCUUAACUGAAAUAUUCUUCGAUGAAGGAAUCAAGAGGGCUCGAGAACUUGACCAGCACCUAGAGCGUACUGGAGAGCUCUUAGGACCACUGCACGGCCUACCAAUUAGCCUCAAGGAUUCUUUCGUCGUUAAAGGCCAUUACGCUACUGUCGGUUAUGUCGAGUUUUUGAAAAGGCCACUGCCUACUUCUAAUUCGGCGAUGGUCGAUCUCCUAUUGGACGCUGGAGCCGUCCUAUUCUGUAAAACGAACGUUCCGCAGACCAUGAUGACUGCUGACUCGGAGAACAACAUUUUCGGUCGAACUUUGAAUCCGCACAAGACGAUUCUCACCGCCGGCGGUUCAACCGGUGGUGAGGGAGCUCUUGUAGCAUUCAGAGGCUCAGUAUUAGGCGUUGGCUCCGAUAUUGCAGGAUCAAUCCGGAUCCCCUCACUUUGUUGCGGCAUUUAUGGCUUCAAGCCCACAGCGGAUCGAACGCCGUUUGGAGGGCAAGCUAACUAUCCCUUCCGCAAACUCCAGCUUCCCGGAGUCACCCCUGUUGCUGGGCCGAUGGCAAAUUCAGUUGAUGAUCUCAGUUUGUUCAUGGAAACAGUGAUCGGUCGUCGGCCUUGGCAUUAUGACGCAUCUGCAGUCAACGCCCCCUGGAGAAGCUCCUAUGGAAGCAGCAAGGUCCUGACCAUCGGUAUCCUUCCCGAAGAUCCGGAAUAUCCCUUGCAGCCGCCUGUUCGACGAUCGCUUCAAGACGCAGUCUCAAAAUUGACUGUCGCAGGGCACAGUAUCGUCAAAUUACCAGCAAACCCCGCUUGUAGUGCCAGUGUUGGUGGAAAGCUAGGAUUCCAUUACUUCGGGCUAGGAUCUUCCGGUCUGGAUGCCCUGGCGAGUGAGAUUGGUGAACCACUGGUACAUUCAGUGAAACGAGGCGUUCAUCCUUUCACAACUUCAAAGCCUCUUAUUUCAACGGAGCUAGACACAGUACACCAACUAGAUGAGUUCCUUGGCUUACAGGCUUCUUAUGCCAACAGCUGGAAGAACGUCUGGACCGAGUAUCAUCUCGAUGUUGUCGUCGGCCCCGGAGCAAUCAGCACCGCGGUCCCCCACGAUACCUAUGGCAUCCCUGUCUACACCUUGAUGUGGAAUGUGCUAGACUAUCCAGCAGGGAUAAUACCAUAUGGGGUAUCCUCCAAGACGAGAGAUCCCAACUACCAGAAAGCGGCCUCGAAUUUUGAAGCGGACUAUGAUCCGGAAGCAACCGACGGCGCCCCGUGUUCGCUUCAAGUCGUUGCUCCUCGAUUUUACGAUGAAGAGUGUUUGAACGCCAUGAGAAUCAUUGACAGAGACAUACAAGCAUGA